AUAUCCAUUUUGUAUUACAAAAUUAAAAAAAAUUAAAAAAAAAAUGGCUCCAACCAUUACAAAAUGGAUAUUGAUAGCCAUCUUAUCUAUCCUUGUUAUGAAACCCGGGAUAAUAUUAAUCCAGGGCCAACAGCAAGUCCCUUGCUUGUUUUUUUUCGGCGAUUCGCAGUUUGAUAACGGCAAUAAUAACCAGCUAAUCACAACAGCCAAGGUCAAUUAUCCGCCUUACGGGAUCGAUUUUCCGGAUGGUCCCACCGGAAGGUUCACUAAUGGCAAAAACAUAGCCGAUUUUCUCGCUCAAUUCUUGGGUUUUGCUAACCCAAUCCCACCAUUUACAACUGCAAGAGGCUCCGAUGUUCUCAAAGGGGUAAACUACGCAUCGGGUGGCGCAGGAAUACUCGACGAGUCGGGGAUAUUAUUGGGUGGUCGUAUACCAUUGAAUCAACAGCUGAUAAAUCAUAGAACAACGAUUGGUCGUAUUAGGCUUUUGCUCAUAAGAAAUCGAACAAUUACGCCCGAAAGUUAUCUGAACAAGUGCUUAUACGUCGUUAAUAUGGGCAGUAACGAUUACCUCAACAACUAUUUCCUUCAGCCGAUUUCCCCAAGCCGUAUUUUAUUCACCCCCGACCGGUUCGCGGCAAACUUGAUCCAACGACUCACUCAACAACUAAGGACAUUGUACAACUCGGGAGCAAGAAAAGUAGCGGUUUUCGGGCUUGGCUUACUAGGUUGUACUCCGCAAGAGCUGUCGAUGUUCCCGGCAAACGCAUCGGGGUGCGUCGAUUUCAUAAACGAAGCAGCGCAGCUGUUCAAUAACAGGCUGAAGCCUGUCAUAGACGAUUUCAACACCAAUUCACCUGGUGCGCAGUUUAUCUACGUGAACAUCACCAGCAUUUCAUUAGGAGAUCCUGCAUCCAUCGGUAUAACAGUGGUGAAUGCGGCGUGCUGUGUGGUGGAGGCGAGGAGUGGGCAGUGUGUAAGAAACGGAAUCCCAUGCAGUAACAGAAACGAAUAUGCUUUUUGGGAUAACUUCCAUCCAACCGAGCUUUUGAAUCUUGUUACUGCUUCUAGAUCUUUUAACGUGCUUUUGCCUGAGGAUGCAUAUCCCGUCGAUAUUCAGCGUCUUGUUCUGCAAUAAUUAAUGUUUUUAUUUUUAUUUUUAAAUCUAUAUUUCAUAUUUAUGCAAAUAAAAGUCAAACCUUCCUUGUUAGUUGGUCAAUAAGCUGAGUUGGAAAGCAUCAAGAAUUUGUCUCUAGUUGUACCUUGAGGUUGAGGGCAAUUAAUUAAUAAAAUUUGUUCCGUUGUGUUUAUUUAUUACGU